UGUUCUGGCAUGGUUAAUUUAAACUUAAAACCAAAUUGAAAAAUAGGAUACUUUGUAACAGAUGGUCGGUAUUGGUGUAUGGCUGUCUAUUUAAUAGUGUGUAUUGUAUGUGUUACCAGGAACACGCCACUCUGACCAGGAACUCUGCCAGGAAUAUGAGCCAACGCUGCACCGGUACAACAGUUUAACCACAGGGAUGGAUCUCGUCGAAGCAGAGGGUGCUAAAAACGUGUCCUGCCUCAUCUACCCAGACAAGAUGCUCCGAUGCACCGUGUGGGGACAGUAUUUACCCAGAGGGAGCAAGCUCUCCGUCGCGGUGAUUAUUUCAGAUGUUGAGGAGAAUACAAGCACCCUUCCGGAAUGUUCUGAGGCGAUUCAACCCUCCGAGGAACCAGGCGACUCAAAGCCCUUUGUCGUGUGCCGAGUGGACCACACUUUCUCCUCUCUCACGGUCCUUCUGACCGCGUCAGGGCCGGACACUCACGCCCUCUUCUGCCACACGUUCAGUUCUGAAUUGCUGGAGGUGCUGUCUCCACCACCGAACAUCACUGCGGAGGUGAAAGAGGGGCAGCUGCUGGUGAGCUGGGGCCUUCCCUACAGUCGGUCCUCCAAUAAACCUUGGUGCUUCGUCUACCAGGUUGACGACAAACAAGAGGCAAAUGAAAUUCAACAAACAACCCACCUGGAGAGGCAAGUGGAUCCUGCUGUAGGCUACGCAGUCAGGAUAAGGACCAGGAAGAGCCCGAGCUGUCUGGGGCCUGAGGAGUGGAGCGCCUGGAGUGACCCGAUUGGUUUGCCCGGUGGGUCACGCUACAAUCUAAACAAAGUUUUGAUCUGCAGUAUUUUACUUGGAACCCCUAUGAUUGUUUUGGCUCUACUUUUACUGCUUAGAAAACAUAGGGUGUCGAAGCUUCUCUUCCCCCAGAUUCCUCAACUGCCCAAGAAGUACAAGCACUUCCUGAAGAGACCCACAUCAUGUACUUUUCUCCCUGUGGUCCAGGCUGCAUAUGAGGAGGACAUCACCGUGGUGGAGGACACGCAGAGCUCAACCGAUGAGCUGAAACAGGACCUCUGACCUGCCCAAUGUUUCUCAAUGGGAUCUGUGUGGCUUGUGUUCCUCAGGUGGCCCUUAAAGGGAUGAGCGCCUCAUCCAUCCAUCCAAACAGUACGGAUGACAGCAUGAACUCACCACUGCUCUGAGCAAUGGGUGAGGUCAUGCUGUCAUCCAAACAUUUUGGAUGACCGUCACUGUCCUACUUGUGUCCCCAAUGGGACGUCUCUUGGCUCUCUGGUUCUCAUUAAAAGAAAUGACUAACAAUCCGA